AUGGAUGUUGGAAGGGAUCCUGUGGAUGAAGAUGAGUUUGCAAGGAUAUGGGGAUUGAUUGAGGAGGAGAUGGGGAAGCUUGGGACAGGAAUGAACUGCAAUGCAAUUGAGGUGUAUAACUGGGUGUAUGUGGUGUGCACGUCAUGCACAAUGAGGUUCGAAAGCAAGCUGUAUUGGAAGAUAGGCGACUUUAUGUACAUGAAGGCGCGGGAGAUGAGAGCCGAGAUUUUUGGGAGAGAGAACUGGGUACAGGGAUAUAAUGAGAAGUUCCGGCAAUUCAGGGAGAUUAUUUGUGCAAUUGAUGAGAUGUGUGACUUUCUGAAUGAGUGUGUAAGAGAAAGGACGAUUCGGGAUCUUGGGUUUUUGCUGUGGGAGAGAUGUAUUUUGCAGCAGACAAUGAAGUACAAGCACACAACGCUUGGGGCAGAGCUUGUGAAUCGCUGCAAGGCUGAGGAAGUGAGGGAGGCGAUUGAGUCGAUGAGGCUGAUAGUGCCUGACCAGAAGCAGCCGUUGCUGUACUACACGCAGAGAUAUGAGCAGUAUGCAAUACAGAGGAUCAGAAGUAAGUAUGAAGAGGAGGCAAAGCAGCAGGACAUGGAUGCAGAAAGAUACUCGUUCUAUGUGAAUGAGAAGAUAUGCCAUGAAAGGAGCAUGCGAGACAAGAUAUUUUUGGAGGAGUCGUGGCCAAAGGUGGAGAGUGUGCUUGAGGAUGUGUUUUUGAUGAACAAGAAGGAAAGGCUGUUUGAGGAGGUGUAUGGAAUAUUGUGCCAGUACAGGCUUCCUGUUGAAAAGAUUACAAGGAUGGUGAAUGAGGGGACGGAUAGGAAUGGAUCUGGGGCAUCUGGAUCGUGUGAGAAUGAUUUUUAUGAGCUUCAUGGCACGUCUCCUUGUGCUGGCGAGGGAAGCAUGAGGUUUGCCAGGGAUGUUUUUCUGGAGAGGAUGUCUGUAGUGUAUGAGAACCUGAGUGGGCUGAAGUCGGCAUAUGCUGUUUUGAAGGAUGUUCUUGUAAGGUAUGUGCGUGAGAAGUGUGAAGAGAAUGCCAGUGGAUAUGGAGCUGGAGUUGAGCCAUUGUAUACGUUUUACUGUAUGCUAAGGCAUGUGGUUGGUGUUGGGUAUCUUGAGGAUAAGGAGUGCCUACAGGUGCUCAAGCGUGAGCUUUCUGCAGCUUGCUCGAAGCUGAGGCCGAGCCUAGAGGCCAGGCUGCUUGAUUUCUGUGAUUCUAUGGUUGAAGAUCCGCAGAGCGUGUUUGUGUUCCUGAAUAAGAGGUCGGCGGUGAUGCAUAGGGAGGCGGAAGGAGGAGCGAAUGAUAGCAAGGCUAUGAUUGGGGCAAGGAUGGAUACAUACAGCAAGGCUGUGUUUGUGAGGAGAGUGUUUGGGACGCUUUUUAAGAUGGUUGAUGGCAAGCAGGGCUUCUAUGAGAUGUAUCUUGAUAGGCUUGGCAAGCGACUGCUGAACGGGAAGCCGAAUCCUGAGGAGGAAAGAAAGUUGGUGCAGCUGAUGAGGAGGAAGGGCAAUCAUGACUUUGUGAGGAAAGCAGAAGCGAUGAUUGGGGAUGUGGUGAUAUCUAUGAGCUACAACAAGGAUGCAGAGAAGUUUGUGUGGGUGCUUACACAGGCAUACUGGCCAAGCAAUGAGGAUGUUGAGGUAGAGAUUCCAUAUGAGCUUGAGAUGAUCAGGAGGGUGUAUGAUGGCAAGUUUGAGAGGAAGCGGCUGCAGUGGGCAUGGCAGCUUGGAAAAGUGGUUGUUGAGGCGAUGGGACGAGAGGUGGAGAUGAGUAUUUUGCAGUAUGCAGUGUUUGAUCUAUUUAACAGAUACGAAAAGAUAGAUGCGGAGUUGGCGAGGAAGGAGACAAGGUUGAGCAGCAAGGCUGUUAAGAGUGUGAUGGUGUCUUUGAUGAAAGGGGGAUUGGUGUUGAGUAUGGAUGGGGAGUAUAUGCUUGGAAGCAGUGAGGAUAUAGGGAUAAGAAGCAUAUGCGGGCUGUAUUGUAACGAGGCAGAUGAGCCUGACCAUGAGAUUGAUAUGCAUGUGUAUUACCAGUCGCUGAUAUCGAAGAUUUUGAAAGCAAGCAAGCAGAUGGGCAUUGCAAGUCUUGUUGAGGAGGCAAAGAAACUGCAUACGGAAUGCAUUGAGUAUGAUCCGGCGGCUUUUGAAGAAGGAAUACGGACGCUUGAUGAGAAGGGUAUAUUGGAACGGAAUGGCGAAGUAUGUGUUUAUGUUCCUUGA